CUGCAAACUGGGAACCGAACCCCUGGACGUACUGCUUCUGCCACGCGGCAAGAACACGAUAUGCGAUCGGAUGCCAUGGGUUGUUGCAUCAGCACCGGUUGAAUGACACUGACUAUGAGUGACAGAUCGAUCAUGAACAGAUGCUGAAUGAGGCGUCAUUAGUAAGGCCUUGAGUGUUUUUUCACCAGGAGGAUCAUAUAAACCCAGAUUUUCAGAAGCCUGCCGACAGAGUUAGUGGUGUGCUAUGACAGUUUGGAUACCAUCAGCUUCUUAUCUUACUAGUAGUUCCACUACCUAGACGAGAUUGCAACAAAGAAGUUAAGAAGUCUAUUCAGAUCUCUUGGCCAGUUUUACAGCAACUGUGUCUUCAACACCAUGUCUUCAAUAGGGUUCCUCGGGGCUGGGAAAGUCGUGGAGACAAUAGUGAGGGGUCUCCUGUUGGCAGAGGCUCUACCAGCAUCUCAAAUGGCUGCAAGUGCCCCAACAAAUCGGAACCUUAAACUGAUUGAGGAACUCGGUGUCAUGGGGACCAACAGUAACAAAGAAAUCAUCACCAAUCACCAGACAGUCUUCAUCUCGGUCAAGCCCAACAUGGUUGCCACGGUGUUGAAGGAGAUUUCACCAGCUGUCACUCCCAACCACAUGCUAGUCUCCCUCGCAGCCGGCAUAUCGAUUGGCUUCAUCGAAAGUAAACUUCCAGUGGGAACCCGUGUCAUCCGGGCGAUGCCCAACACUCCGUGCGGAAUCGGCCAAGGCGCCACUAUGUAUACAUGCGGAAGUGCUGUCAAAGCGGAAGACAAAGCUCUAGUGGAGAAAUAUUUCAACAGCCUGGGCUACUGCAUGGAAGGCGACGAAACCAUGAUUGACUCUGUCAUGGCUGUCAGUGGUAGUGGACCAGCUUACGCUUACAUAGCGAUUGAUGCAUUAGCGGACGGUGGAGUGAAAAUGGGUCUGCCACGAGAUAUAGCCGUCAAGUUAGCAGCCCAAACAUUACUGGGGUCAGCAAAACUCGUCCUGCAAGGCAGGAAACAUCCAUCCGAACUCAAGGACGACGUGUGCUCUCCCGGGGGUGCAACGAUAGAUGCCAUCCACGAACUGGAGAGAGGGGGAUUCCGCAAGUGCCUGAUUGAGGCUGUGGAAGCGGCCUGCUUGCGAGCCAAGGAACUCAAUGCCAUGAAUGCUCAAAAUAAAUAAUGCUCACCCAUUAGAACAAAAGAGGACAGCAGAGUAGCCUCAGGGUCCAUAGACUUCUUGUACUUACUCAGGAUUUUUUCCAUACUUUCUCAAAAGGAUUUUCCAUAUUUCAUCAAGGAUUUUCCCAUAUACAGUACAUGUACAUGUAUUCCAAAGAAUUUCCACAAGACACGUCCGAGACUUUUAACACAUAUAUGGCUACUACAAAGUCUUUGCUCCUUCACUGUAAUUGUUGUCUCAUGUCUUUUAUGUUAAACAUGUCGUGUUCUUUGAUCAAGGCCUUUUCUAUUCCCCAAGUUUCUUUCCAAGACUUCUGUGGUUCCGUAAGAUUUCCUUUGCUUUUGUUUGACCUUGACAAUUGCUGGUUUGCUUCUUCACCAUGCUUGUGGAAGUUUCCCUGUUUUCCCUUAUGAUGGCAGGCAUGAAAUUCGGAAGUGUAGAAAGAUUUUGAAAUUCAAAACAAGAUUUUGUAGGUUUUGAUUAUUAAUGUGUGCUUGGGAAAUAAAACACAGGGAAAUCAGCUGAUUUUUGGAAAGAGCUGCAUGCUUAAUAAGAGCUUGUAUUGUGGGAGUGAUUUUGGGGGUAUUCACAGUUUUCUGUUGGUGAAAACCUUUUCCUUACAAACUUCAAGAAUAUUUUUUGUGGCUAGUUUCGAUAUUAUAGAGUACCAAAGUGAAUACAUCAUGUGCACAAGUAUGCACUUGUACAUGGUGCCUUGUGGGGUACCGGAACAGUGGAAGGCACCCCACAAGGCACGUUUUGAUCCUUGUGGGGUACUAAAGUGUUACCCCACAAGAAUUUCAUGAAAUAGGUAUUUCAAAUUUACUCAAAA